CGAGCCAGCCUCCCCAUCCCAAACGGCUCGCAGCUCAUCCCAAUCCGAUGGCCCGCGCCGCCGCUCGCCUCCUCCCACUCUUCCUCCCAUGGCGGCGCCCGCCCCCGGCCCGCCUCCUCCUCCGCCGCCUAUUGAACCCUAGCAGCCCCAGGACCCUGGCCGCGCGCCCGGACACCCUCGUCCUCCCCGGCGACGAGCGCUCGCCCACGCCGGCGCGCCUCCCCCCGCACCAGACGUGCCAGGACUACGGUGGCGGAGGCGGGAGCGGCGCUCGCGCUCCCGAGACCAUCGCGGCCAUCGUCACCUCCCUCGGAGGCGGUCCGGCGGCGGUCGGGAUCGUGCGGCUCUCGGGCCCCGACGCCGUCGCCGUCGCCGGCCGCGUGUUCCGGCCCGCCAGGGGGGCGCCGGCGCAGGCUCCGUGGCAGCCGCGCAGCCACUUCGUGGAGUACGGCCUCGCGCUCGACGCGGACGGCAGCGUCAUCGAUGAGGUUCUGGUGGUGCCUAUGCUGGCUCCGAGGUCGUACACGCGGGAGGAUGUGGUGGAGCUCCAGUGCCAUGGCAACGACCUUUGCUUGCGCCGCGUGCUCAGGGCUUGCUUGGAAGCGGGCGCGAGGCUUGCUGAUCCUGGUGAGUUCACUCUUCGUGCCUUUCUGAAUGGGAGAUUGGACUUGGCCCAAGCAGAGAACGUGUCAAGGCUCAUUUCAGCAAAAUCAGCAGCUGCAGCAGACUCAGCUUUGGCUGGCAUCCAGGGAGGCUUUUCUACUCUAGUAAAGUCGUUGAGAUCAAGGUGCAUUGAAUUGCUAACGGAGAUAGAGGCUCGUCUAGAUUUUGAAGAUGAGAUGCCUCCCUUGGACCCAGUGGUGCUUAUCAGCAAAAUUAAUUGUAUGAGGCAGGAAGUUCAGGAUGCAUUGGACACUUCCAAUUAUGAUAAGCUAUUACAAUCUGGUCUGCAGAUAGCAAUAAUUGGCCGCCCAAAUGUUGGCAAGUCAAGCCUCCUUAAUGCUUGGAGUAAGAGUGAAAGGGCUAUUGUUACUGAAAUAGCCGGAACUACGCGGGAUGUUGUAGAAGCAAAUGUCUCGAUUCAUGGCAUCCCUGUUACUCUUUUGGAUACUGCUGGUAUAAGAGAGACUGAAGAUGUUGUGGAGAAAAUUGGCGUGAAAAGAUCUGAGGCUGCUGCACUGGGAGCUGAUCUGAUUAUAAUGACAAUAAGUGCAGUUGAUGGAUGGACUGAUGAUGACACAAAACUUAUUGACCAUGUUUUGCUAAAUAAGAAAUCCUCAGGUUCUUCCGUUCCGAUGGUCCUUGUAAUCAACAAGGUCGAUUGUGCACCAUUUGUUUCUGGAGAACAGUUUGAAAAAUUCAGUGGCCUCUUCACAAAACAAGUCCAGACAUGUGCGGUCACUGGUAAAGGCAUUUCUGAGUUGGAGGGUGCUGUAAUAGAGGUCAGGGGUAUUGAGCACGUACCUUCUGGGGGACGACGAUGGACUGUAAACCAGAGGCAAUUCGAGCAGCUCUUGAGGACUAAAGAAGCUUUCACACGGCUAGAAUCGUCUAUCAGUGAGCAGUUACCGAUGGACUUUUGGACCAUAGAUUUGAGGGAAGCUGCACUUGCUCUCACAACAAUCAGUGGAGAGGACAUUUCUGAAGAAGUAUUGAGCAGCAUAUUCAGCAAAUUUUGCAUCGGGAAAUGAUACACGAGCUCCACGUCCUGCAGAUCCUAACUUGCCUUCUCAGAGAUGGUGCAUCCAAUAGUUUUGAGCUGAAGCUUGUUCCUCAACUCAGAACACAGUGCAGCAGACUGACUGGCACUUACAAUGUAACUCAGAACACAAUGCAGUAGCACACUGAAGAGCCAGAUAAAGAACAUUGCAGGGAACUGAAGCACUGUCCACCUUGGCGCGCGUCACAUAGAUUUUGAGGAUAGAGUUCUCUUGAGUUCCUGGCUUGGUGUCGGAGCUUGUAUACGUUGUGAUGUUUAGGAGAAGCUCUGAUCAAAAUAAGAAUAUACUGUUUCAUUCAUUCGCGUAGAUGUUCAGAGUUUUUGUACCAAGUGUGAUCGCCGAUGAGAGCACAAAAAAUGGGCCCCUGUUGCCCUGCAUGGC